CCUCACCAUCUCAAAGAGUCCGUUUUUUUUUUUUUUCUCUCUCCAAAUUCCGUCAUUUCCCACCAUCUCAUCGGUUUCAGGGACACUCACAUUUCUCUUCUUUGUCUCUUUUUCUCUUCUUUAAGUAACUUCCCUCUUCUCUCUUGGGCUUAUUUCCCUCUUUAAAUAACCGCUUCGACCAGUCUAUGCCAACCCAAUACACACGGCAUAUUCUCUCCCCAUUUUCGCUUGCUUGAGUCGGAAUCGUCAUGACGAAGGAGUGGUUAUCAAUGGAGGUUGUCAACAAUGAUGAUGGGUCGUCCUCAUUGAAGCAAAAGAGGGUGCAGAGGCUCAGAUGUUCCGUUCAGAACUACGAUUGGGGAAAAAUUGGCGAGGAUUCGCAGGUCGCCAGGCUGUACGCGUGGAAUUCUGGGUCAGAGAUUGACCCGGAUAAGCCUUACGCGGAGCUUUGGAUGGGGACCCACGAGUCUGGGCCGUCUUAUCUCGUGCCGCGGCACGGCGGUGGAGAGAGCGUGUCUCUCAAGUCCUGGAUUUUGAAGAAUCCGAAUGUGCUUGGUGCGAGAGUUCUGGACAAGUGGGGGUCCGAUCUCCCUUUCUUGUUCAAGGUUCUUUCAGUGGAGAAAGCAUUGUCGAUACAGGCUCACCCAGAUAAGGAAUCGGCACAGACUUUGCACAAGUUGCUGCCAAAUGUUUAUAAGGAUGACAAUCACAAGCCAGAAAUGGCUUUGGCAAUAACAGAGUUUGAGGCCCUUUGUGGUUUCAUAAGUCUUGAGGAGCUUAAGGGUGUGCUUCGCAAUGUUCCUGAGAUUGUAGAGUUGGUUGGUAGUGCAGAUGCUACCCAACUCUUGAAUAUGAAUGAGCAAGAUGUUGAGAAAGUUAAAUCUGUUUUGCGAUCAGCUUUUACCCAACUCAUGUCAGCUAAUAAAGAGAUGACAACAAAAGCAAUAUCCAAGAUGAAACUUCGUCUGCACGGGGAAAAUCAGUUAAGGCAGUUAACUGAUAAGGAACAGUUGGUGCUGAAAUUAGAAAAGCAGUAUCCUGCUGAUAUUGGUGUCAUAUCAGCCUUCUUUUUCAAUUAUGUGAAGCUUAAUCCUGGCGAAGCAUUGUAUCUUGGGGCGAACGAACUGCAUGCUUAUAUACGUGGAGAGUGUAUUGAAUGCAUGGCAACAUCAGACAAUGUAGUGAGAGCUGGCCUCACUCCCAAGCAGCGGGAUAUCCAAACCCUUUGUUCCAUGCUUACAUAUAAACAGGGCUUCCCCGAGAUACUGAAAGGAUUUCCUUUGAGUCCAUACAUAACAAGAUACCUACCACCUUUCGAUGAAUUUGAGGUUGAUAGGUGUGUUCUUCACAUGGGAGCAUCCACAGUGUUUCCUGCUAUCCCUGGGCCUUCCAUUAUUUUGGUCGUAGUAGGGGAAGGAACAAUGCUAGCAGUAGCAUCAAAAGAAGAAGUCUGUGAAGGAGACAUUUUAUUUUUGCCUGCAAAUGUUGAGAUUACUUUAACAACUGCUUCAGAGCUGCACCUGUAUAGAGCAGGAGUGAAUAGCAGGUUCUAUCAAACAUUGCGACUCGGAAUGUAGCAGCAGCAUACCGGAAGAGUAUAUAUAUAUUAUUUAUUGCUUUCACUUUUUUUUAUACAAGAAUGUAAUAUUUACUAAAAUUGCACCUAAGUGAGCAGCUCACAAUGGAGUAAAAAGAGCAUAGCAUUAGUAAUUUUAUCAUUUCCAAAAUGUACUCAUUCUUUGUAAUUUUAUUUGCAAAAAAUAAAUAAAUUAGAUUCAUGUUUCCCUUGAA